GAGGGAGAUCCUGCAGCAUCCACACCCACCCGCACACCAGCUCCACUCUGUCUGUCACACACACACACACACACGCGGCUCACGCGCACCGCAGAUAACCGUGUUACCCAUAAUUCCUCAGCAUUGCCAUGGAGCUGGAUUUCGGACACUUUGACGAGCGAGACAAGUCGUGCCGCAGGAAGCCGGAGAAGAACGGCCUGCCGAGCCCGACACACAGCGCGCACUGCAGCUUCUACCGCACGCGCACGCUGCAGGCGCUCACCAACGAGAAGAAGGCCAAGAAGGUGCGCUUCUACCGCAACGGCGACCGCUACUUCCGUGGCAUUGUGUACGCCGUGGCACAAGAGCGCUUCCGCACCUUCGACGCGCUGCUGGAGGACCUGACGCGCUCGCUGUCCGACCACAUCAACCUGCCGCACGGCGUCCGCUUCAUCUUCACCAUCGACGGCACUCGCAAGAUUAGCACCCUCGACCAGCUGGAGGAAGGUGAGAGCUACGUGUGCGCCUCAGAGAACUACUACAAGAAAGUGGACUACACGAAGAACGUGAACCCCAACUGGUCUGUGAACGUGAAGGCCAGCGCCAUGCAGAAGAACGCGGCAAGCCGGCUGGCGAGCGAGGCGCGCGAGACCAAGGACUUUGUGCGGCCCAAGCUGGUGACGGUGAUGCGCAGCGGCGUGAAGCCCAGGAAGGCCGUCAGGGUUCUGCUGAACAAGAAGACCGCGCACUCGUUCGAACAGGUUCUCACCGACAUCACGGAGGCCAUCAAACUGGAGAGUGGCGCCGUCAAGAGGAUCUACACCCUCGACGGGAAACAGGUCACCUGCCUGCAGGACUUCUUUGGAGAUGACGACGUGUUUAUUGCUUGUGGACCGGAGAAGUUCCGUUACGCACAGGAUGACUUCUCCCUGGACGAGAAUGAGUGUCGGGUGAUGAAGACUCCUAAAGGACAAAAGGGUGCAGCUAAAAGUCCUGGUCCUAUUCGCCGCAGCAAAUCUCCUGCUGAGUCCACUAAUGGUACUGGGUCCAGCAGUCAGUUGUCCACUCCGAUCUCUAAGCAGUCCCCAAUUUCUACCCCGACCAGCCCCGGGAACGCUCGCAAACAAAAGGAUCUUUAUCUGCCUCUCUCCCUGGAAGAUGACAACGAAUCACUGGGAGAAUCUAUGUAAGCUCCUUCCACCUGUCAGUCACCCCAAGCUGCCGAUCACAGAGGUCUCUGUGGCGUUCUUCUCGUCGCCCCCUGGUGGUGUGGAGGAGCGGCGUUUCUUUAGCCCUUCGGCACCGCCCAGCUUUCGAGCGGUGUUUUCUCUCUCUUUCUCUCUUUCUGCUUUUUCAUUUUUUUUGUUGCUGCUUGUGAAUUCGUCGCGUCCAUCUCCAGCACCUUUCUUUAAGUUUGUGUUGUUUAUUUUGUUAUCAUAUUUUUUAAGCGAUGUUGUGUAUAUGCAGGGCGUAUACACGGCAAUGACGAGCGAGUCGAGCACCUGGGUUUCUACACAAAAUUUCAGUCCUUUUUGUGCAAGUAAUUUUUUUUUUAAUAAAAAGAAAGAAAGAAAAAUCUCUGAUAUUAAAUGUACAGUUUGUAGUCGUGAGUGCAUUUCAUAUCAGCGCUGAGAUUUUUUUUCCAUACCUGUCAUAAUUUGUCACUUUAACGUUUUUUAAAAAAAACAAACCUAACAUUCUUUCAGCACUUGGUUCUGUGAAUUCCAGGCAGCAAUCACAGUUCUACGGUUCUGACUUGUACAAAAACUCUUUUUAUUAUUAUUAAUAUUACUUUUUUCUAACUCUGGCUGUGUUUAAUAACUCGCUGUGCUUUUAAAACCAGUUGGACGCAGUUUUUUACGUUUCAGUCCUGACUAGGCAUGUGCUGGAUUAGCGGCGCGUUCAAGAUCACGUUAACAGGGUCACGAUUUUAUCAUAGUACUGUAGCUACAUGUAGCUUCUUGUUCUACGCUGUCGUACACAUAAGGUCAGUUUGCUCAGAACGCCUCGCUAGCCUCUUGUGACUAGCGUGUUCUCGCUAGGUACUAGUAAUAAUAAUAAGUGAGUUUUUUUUAACAGUUUUACAAUUUCUCAAAUUUUGACUGUUAAUCACAAACCAAACUGAUGUUAGAUUAAAAACAUAUUGUUUAAUAUUAUUAUAUUCAUCACAAGUAACGGAUCAUCAGCACAUGCCUGAGUCCUGACGCCAUGCUGAGUCAUGUCUUUAUUAAAUCUGAGCUUACGGGGAAGGGGGGGGGCCUUGUUAAUGUUUUUAGUGUUAAAGUACGCAAACUGAUUAAAAAAAAAGUAAAAAAAAAAAAAAUUAAUUGAUAAAAAAGGAAGCACGAAACCUGUCCAACCAAAGCCAUAAGAUUACGGCCCUUUAGACAACAAAUAAUAAGCACAUUUAUUACCCUGGGAUUAAAAUGGGCUUAAAUUUCAACUUCCUUCCUUUUUGUUUUUUAUCUUGAAUGAGGGAUUUUGUGGUGAAGAAGUGACGCAUGGAUUUGUGGGGAGGAUU